AUGGAGCAUCAGGGAUUCAAAUACUUUCAAGUUCUACUCCGUGGACGAGAAGAGCUACUACUGGCUGUGAGCACUAUGCCGCAUAACGAAGAUAAACAUGGCCUAUCAAGUCACAGAUUAAUCUCACCUCUCGAUGAAGAUCUCGAAAAGAUGAAAAAUCGCAUCGUAUUUCUCAUUGCGGGCUAUGCGCGAUAUCGAUGUCCAUAUGUCUGGCUGCGGACGCAGCAAGAUAGUUUUCUGGACAACGAUUCCGAAGCCGGCGAAACUGCAGACAAUCCCUUGCAUUUAAAAUCAACGAUGGACUGGAAAGUGAAAGAUAUUGCCUUGUGGGAAAUUGUCUGGGAACUGAUCUCCAUGGUCACGGAAACAACCAUCAGCAAUCCUUUCAAAGUAGAUUUUGCAUACCUUGACCGAUUACCUGAAAAAGAGCGAAUUCUGUGCUCGGGUGCUCUUUUAAGUUUCUUGCAGCAAAUAUGGAUCCAAAGUGAGCCGAGUUUGCCAUUCAUCGAUGAAGUAUAUCAAGACAUUGCAACAUUACAUAACAAGCAUAUGACGCUAUUAUACAGCGAAGCCAAAUCCAUCACUCAAUAA